AUGCUCCUCCUUCUUGCUUUCCUCUCUGCAGUCUUCCUCUUCUCCCUCUUCCCCGCUUCACGCGACAGAGGCAAAGCCGCUGUAGAUUCCAUAGGCGGAUACGCGGAUCAUGUAUGGCAAGAGUGGAAGCCGGCCGGCAUCCCAGGAGUAGGAAAGAGUGGAGCAAACAGAAUAAGGGAGAGGCCAGCAUUGCAUGAGGAUCCCAAGAAGACGACGAGGUGUACGACGAGCUUCGAUGGAAAGAGGAACGUGGUGCAGUAUGCCAUUAUGAUUGAUGCUGGGAGCACCGGAAGCAGGGUACAUGUAUACAAGUUCAACUAUUGCGAUGCCCUUCCAGAGCUUGAAGAUGAGGUCUUCGAGAUGCUCAGACCAGGCUUGUCCAGCUUCAGGGGUGACCCAAAGGCCGCUGCCGACUCGCUACGUCCUCUGCUGAAGACUUCACUCACAGCAAUCCCCAAAUCCCUGCAGUCUUGCACCCCCAUCGCAGUCAAAGCCACCGCAGGUCUACGGCUGCUGGGCGCAACCGACUCCAAGGCCAUCCUUCACGCUGUGCGCAAGAUGCUCAAGGACGAAUACCCCUUCCAACUUGCCGAUGGAAAGACGGGCGUGGCCGAGGUAACGCAUGGAGCCAAUGACGAUGAAGGCCGUGCGGUGGAGAUCAUGGAGGGCAAGGACGAGGGCGUAUUUGCCUGGAUCACCGUCAACUAUUUGCUGGGCCUGAUCGGACCACCGCUGCCUGGAGAGAAUGGCUCAAAGAGGAGACGAACGGCUGCAGUGAUGGAUCUUGGUGGAGCCAGUACGCAGAUUGUCUUUGAGCCCGAUAUGCAGACCGGAAGCCAGGGCAUGCAUCCUGGAGAACACGUCUACGAGCUGCGAGACUUUGGAGGUCGGGACUACACCCUCUACCAAAACUCCUACCUGGGCUACGGUCUGAUGCAAGCCCGGAAAUCCAUCAACUCCCUCACCGCCUAUGCCUACUCUUACUCGCACCCAGAUGUGGUGCGUACAGGCCAGCUCUCCUCUUCGCCCAAUGAGAUGGAGAUCCCAUCUCCUUGCUUUGCGAUGGGCAAGGACAAGAUGACGCCCAUUGCCAAAAUUGGGGCAAAGGAUGAGGAGAUCCAGGCAAAGUUCAAGGGAACCACCGGAGGGUUCAAGGCGUGCAAGAGGUUGGUCGAGGUGAUGAUGGACAAAGAUGCCGUAUGCGCCCAGUCGCCAUGCUCCUUUGCAGGCGUCUACCAGCCCUCGCUCAUGUCCACCUUCCGCUCCGGAGCACCCAUCGUCGCCCUCUCCUACUUCUACGACCGUCUAGCACCUCUAGGCUUCUCCUCUUCGGAUGGACAUUCUCUUCUCCCACCGGGAUUUACCCUCCCGCAAUUGGCUGCACUGGCAGAAGACGUUUGUCGUUCCCCCUCAACCUGGCCUGCCCGCUUCCCCCUCGACAAGUAUCCCGAAGCACUCAAGGAGCUCUCUGAUCGACCAGAUACCUGUCUGGACUUGACCUAUCUGCACUCCUUGCUCAGUCUUGGGUAUGAGCUAGAGGAUAAGGAUGGGAUGGGCCGACCGGGAGAUCGGGACUUGAGGGUGAGGAUUGAGAAGAAGCUUGCGGGCACCGAGCUUGGUUGGGCGUUGGGAGCGGCCGUGGGUAUGGUGGGUGAGGUGGAAGGAUGUCGACGGAGGGGCCUGUAG